AUGGCGAGUACCCAGAAAACUCGAUGGAACCAGAAUAUUGGGCCUGCGGUGUCUUCGUUAACCCCAGCAUCUCAGCCUAGCCGGGUCAAAAUAACGGGCAAGACAGUCACACUGGAGCCCUUGGCACCGAGUCAUGCUAUUGAUCUAUGGCCGGAGAUCCAGGACGAGAACACUGGCCACAUCUGGACAUACAUGAGCGACGGGCCGUAUCGAUCACUUGAAGAUUUCCAGAAAGCCGUCACAACCAAAUCCGAGUCUAAGGACUUGGUGUUUUCGGCCAUAGUGAACAUUCGAACCCAGAAACCCGUUGGCUGGGCUUGCUACAUGCGUAUUGAUCCCAACAACCGUGUGGUCGAAGUCGGCAAUAUCCUGUUCUCACCGUCACUGCAACGAACGAAAGCUGCAACUGAGGCGAUGUACCUUAUGAUGAAACAUGCAUUCGAGGAUUUGGGCUAUCGCAGGUAUGAGUGGAAAUGCGACAACCACAACGGACCCUCGAAACGAGCCGCAUUACGAUUCGGCUUUACGUUCGAAGGUGUGUUCAGGCAGCACAUGAUUUACAAGGGGAGGUCAAGAGACACUGCUUGGUUCUCGAUGGUGGACACGGAUUGGCCUAUGAUCAAGAGUGCGUUUGAAAAAUGGCUCGAUGAUAGCAACUUUGACCAUGAUGGAAAGCAAUUAUGCCGGCUGGAGGACCUGAGGGAGACGGUGCCCGCGCAGAGAGGGCCCGUCACUCUUGAUUUAUAA